AUGAUAUCAAAAGAGAUUUUCAAUGGAAUCAUCUACUCAACCAAUGCUUAUCAGGUAUGGAAAGAUUUACAAGAACAGUAUCAUAAGGUGAAUGGAACAAGAGUCUAUGGGAUUCACCAGGAGAUAGCUAAUCUCACUCAAGGAGCAUCUACAAUAGCGAUUUAUUACAAUAAACUAAAAUUGCUCUGGGAUGAGCUGAAUUCUCUAGUUAGCUUACCACCUCCAGAUAGUGCAUCUGCUAGGGCUUAUCUUGAUCCUCUAAAUCAACAAAAGUUAUUGCAAUUUCUAAUAGGACUAAAUGAUUCGUACUUAAUGGCAUGUUGUCAAAUUCUCUUGAUGUCUCCAUUACCUUUUGUAACACAAGCCUAUUCAGUGGUGAAUCAGGAUGAGAGUCAGAAGGUAUUAUCUGGAAUCAGCACCAAUACAGAGGUUACUACAACCCUUUAUGCACAAAAUUCUCAAAGAACUCAAAUCAAAGUUCCAAAUAUAAGGGAUAAAGGCCAUGUUUUGAGUGUGAACAUUGUCACUUGCCUGGGCAUAAAAGGGAGACUUGUUACAAAUUGCAUGGUUACCCUACUGAUUUUAAAGGGAAGAACAAUGUAA